AUGAAACUCCCCUUAGACCUAACCACCUUAGACCUCAGCGUCAACGACAAAUUCGCAAGGAUCAGCAGCCUCGUCUUGAUGUCGACCGCCAUGAGUAAUUUCAUGACUUCUUUAGGCUCAAUGGAGGAUAAUGAAAUUGUACUAAACAUGGCCGCUUUAGGCAUUUUAGUCGUCACGAUUGCUGGUAAUGUAUGCAUUCAUAUUGCCAAGAUUCAUAGCUUUGGGCGUCGGUUGAAUUUGUUUCUGCCACAACAGAGUUUUAGAGAUGAAGUCAAUGUUGACAAGUACUGGACUUGGAGGCUGGUGGAGUGGAGGGACAGAUCACUUCCGUUUCAAGUUCAAAGCCGCGUAUGCAAGAAGCUUCUUCGUGAUGCUGUAAGAUUUGUUCUGAAUUUCUGCAUUGGAGCUCAGAUUCUCGUUGUUUUAGCAGCCAAACUAGUUCUAUUCCUCUCUGCUAGAUUUGGUAUAGCAGUUCUCUUGUGUUUACGCAAGAAUGAAAGACCUGUUUUAGCGGGAGCAUAUGUCAAUUUUAGGCAAUAUGUUCUUCUACUUGAAGGUGAGCCACAGCUGCCUAAUAAAAUCCUCGAGAACAUCUGCAACGAGGCGGAUGAGCUGAUAAAGGGAGGCGAAAAAAGGCAGCCCGAGAAUCUGAUCCAGCUUCUAAAGAAAUCCUCAAACUUCAACGGGUUGGGGCGAUUUGACAGCAGCGAAAUCCCGAGCUUGCAUUCUCAAGAACCUCCAAAUUGCUGGUCUAUGCCCGUGGUGACUUUGACAGCCAUUUCAGUUGCUCUUCUCAACAUUGCAGACGAGAAGGCUAACCAGUUAAUGGUUUGCAUUAGUGAGGGCUUGCCCAUCGUGAAGCUUAUCGAGGAAACUCUAGACCGUACUGGCGAGUUAGAAAGCAUAAGAAAAGCAGCAGAUGUGGUUUGGAUAGGAGCUGAAGUGUACAGAAAAUGGGAGGACACGGAUAUAAAGAGCACGAGCGUAAGAGGCACAACACACAAGGAAACACUGCAAAACCUUUCUAAGCUUGCAGAAAAGAUUGUGACAGAUUUUGUGGCUCAAACGAGAGAUAUUCUUAUGCAGAACCCUCUAAAUUGGCCUGCUAGAGUUAUAGCUGCUAACUCGAUGUACAGGAUUGCUCAAACGAUCUUGUUAGGAAUGGGAGAUGGCGAGAACCAAACUGAUGAUGAGCUUUUUGAUAGUAUAUCCAUCACCAUCUCGGAUAUACUAGCAGCGUGCCUCACCAAUCUAGUGCAAGUCAUAACAUUGAAGUGUCACAGAAACGACAUCAAAGAGAGGGAAGAAAGUGUGAGCAACGUGAGCUUCCUAGUCUGGAUGUGGAGAAAGCUGCUAAGAUUGACGAGUGGAGGGCAUCCUUGGCAUUGGAUAUUGAAAAUCCUCUUCACAUUGUGGUGA